AUGCAUAUUACAUUGGUUCUUAGAUCUUAUGACCGCUCGUCUUUAACAAAAGCAGUGAAACUUCUUUGCUUUCUUGGACAUAGUCUGCAAACCAAAACAUGCCAGACUUGGGCGCUAUCGCUGCAUCCACUCCCAACGAAAGUCAAAAAAUACACCUUGUUAAGAUCCCCACACAUUGAUAAAAAGUCAAGAGAACAAAUUGAACUUAAAACAUACCAAAAAGCGAUCCACAUCAAAAAUAUCCAAGAUAAAAAAACAUUUCUUGGCUUCUUACAUUUGGUGAAACUUGUGCAUCUGGAUGGUGUCCAAUGUAAGUGUACGUUUGAAGCUCACACGUCUCUGUAA